UACGUAUUAGACACAAAUGACAGGCUGUUUUUACAGUCCUUUUCUUUCGCGACUGAAUAUACUCGAGAUACUCACAUGUAGGUAUUCGUGCAUCUUGGAUUGCGUUUCUGGACCGAGGAACAUUUUAAAAUGUUUUUGUCAGAUCGAAAGGUGUCCGUUUUUAUUCGUUUUUUAUUCCUUCUGCUCAUUCGUUUUCGGGAUCAGAUUUCUGGACAAAUCAUCUACACUGUUUCAGAAGAGGUGAAGAAGGGAACCUUUGUCGGGAAUAUCGCUAAGGAUUUGAAUCUCAAUGUCCAAGAACUGGAAUCGCGUAUGUUUCACAUUGUAUCUGUGGCUAAGAGGAAAUAUUUCGAGGUAAAUUUUAAAACUGGCAUUCUUUUUGUUAAUGAGAACAUAGAUAGAGAGGAACUGUGUCCCAACAUACCGUCAUGUUCUUUAAAUUUAGAAGCUAUUGUUAAUUUUCCUUUGAAUUUAUAUCGUGUUGAAAUAAACAUAGUUGAUAUUAAUGACAAUUCACCCGCAUUUUCUGUGGAAUCGCAGUAUAUAAAUGUUUCGGAAUUAACGUUUCCAGGAGUCCGAUUUCCACUGCUCAGUGCUUUUGACGCAGAUGUAGGCAGUAAUUCUAUAAAAACAUACAAGCUCAGUCCGAAUGAGCACUUCUCUCUGGAUGUACAGAGUGGUGGUGAGCAGAGCGUGUCUGCUGAGUUAGUGCUGCAGAAAGCUUUAGACCGAGAGAAACAGCCUGUGAUUCGUCUUGUGCUGACUGCUGUUGAUGGAGGCAAACCACCCAAAUCUGGAAGUUUGGAGAUUGUAGUGAAUAUUUUAGAUAGCAAUGACAACACUCCAGUGUUCAGCAGUCCAGUCUAUAAAGUCCGUGUCUAUGAAAAUGUCCUUUAUGGGACAUUAGUAAUAAAACUUAAUGCGACCGAUCUUGAUGAGGGCAAAAAUGGUGAAAUAGUCUAUGCUUUCAGUAGUCAUGGGCAGAAAGACAUUUGGGAUAAAUUCACAAUCAAUGCCAUCAGCGGAGAAAUUACAGUUAAAGGGGACAUUGAUUAUGAGGAGAACAGUGUUUAUGAAAUUCGUGUUCAGGCCCAAGACAGAGGACAGUCUCCAAUGGCGGCACAUUGUAAAGUCCUAGUUGAAGUCAUAGAUGUCAACGACAACGCGCCUGAAAUAGCAGUGACAUCUCUUUCGAACACUGUGAAAGAAGACGCUGGCGUAGGAGCAGUAGUUGCUUUGUUUACCGUAGUAGAUAAAGACAGCGGUAAGAAUGGGAAAGUUCACUGCGAAGUUUCCGCCUCUGUCCCAUUUAAACUGCAGUCCUCGUAUAAGAACUAUUACUCAUUAGUAAUUAGUGGACCUCUGGACCGAGAGAACUGUUCUCAGUACAAUGUCACGAUCACGGCGAGAGACGAAGGGACUCCGCCUCUCUCCAGCACCAGCGUCGUUGUUGUACACGUGUCUGACGUGAAUGACAACGCGCCACACUUUCCAGAAUCUGUUAUUGACAUGUAUGUGAAGGAAAACAACCCAGUAGGAGCUGCUGUGUCGACCAUAUCCGCAUUUGAUCCGGAUUUAAACGAAAAUGCACAGAUAACCUAUAAUCUAUUGGAAAGUCCUACCAAGGGAGUGCCCGUUUCCAGUAGAAUAAACGUGAACUCUGUUAGUGGUGACAUUUAUAGUAUGCAGUCCUUUGAUUAUGAAGAAAUGAAAACAUUUCAAUUUCAAGUUCAAGCCACUGAUUCUGGCGUCCCGCCACAAAGCAGCAACUUGACUGUAAACGUUUUUAUUCUUGACGAAAAUGAUAACUGUCCUGGUCUCCUGCCUCCUUAUUCUGAUCACGGUUCCGUUACUACAGAAAACGUUCCAUAUUCUGCUGAAGCGGGAUAUUUUGUGGCCAAGAUAAGGGCUGUGGACGCCGACUCAGGUUAUAACGCACUUCUUUCAUUUAAC